ACUAUAUUGCCACCACCAACAGAAACUGAAAGCUCUGCAAGCUUAUUUAAGCUGGGGGAGCUGCAGGACACUUUCUCUUUUGUCCUUUUCUGACGGAGGUUUUGCUCUUCUCAAAGUAAGGAGAGGCAGAAAAAUGGAUAUGUUACAUAAAGUGGUGGAUUUCUGCAUCCAACACCAAACCAUUCUUGGUUACAGCACCGUGUCCCUGCUGACGGCUGCCAGUGAGUACCUCUUCUCAUCUGUGGUGUUCAAGUGUCCCUGCAAUUCUUGGAACAUGGUAUAUGGUUCCUCCUUCCUCUUUGCUCCUGCCUUUGUGCUCUUGCUGCUCGGCUGCAUGGUGAAUGCCAAGAUAUGGCGUCUGUUGACAGGCAAGUGUUCUCCAGAGAAGCAGUGCAUUUCCUGUGGAACCUGUGCCCGCUACUGCCAGCUGUUGGUGCCAAUGGCAGCCAAAACCUUGGUGGCCCCGCUCACCUGGAUAGUGGUGGCCCUGUUAGGAGCCAACUUCUAUGAGUGUGCGGCCAGCGGAAGCAGGCGGAUACAACGCUUCUUCUGUAAAGAUAACGUGACUGACUUCAGCUGCCGAAAAAACCUGUCCAGAAUACCCUGUGAUGAGGAAUUAUCAGCAAAGCUAUCAAGUGAAUGGCUCAGCCUCCAGGCACAGUCCCAGGUGAUAGGAUGGUUCCUGAUAGCCAUCAUCAUGACUGUGGCACUGAUUUCAACAUGUGCCAGCCGCUGUUGCUCCCCGGUCAGCUAUCUUCAGUUCAUGUUCUGGAAAAGUUACACAGAAAAAGAAGAUGAACUCUUUGAGAUGAAAACCAAAGAGCAUGCAACCAAGCUAGCAGAAAGAAAUACAAAUUGCUUUUUUGAAGCCACUGACCCAGCACCAUUUCAUACACCCAGCAAUGAAGACUGGCAGAAGAUUUCAUUGGUGUAUACCUUUAAUUCAGAUGAGCAGUAUUACAGCAGGAUACACAAGUAUGUGGACACCAACAGAGUCAACAGCACCAAAUUAAGGGAAGACGAAUCUCACCAAUUUAGCAUUUCUGGAUGA